AUGACAGGCCCGUUGUCUUCCUACUCUGAUCCUAGCUGGAGUUCCUUCACAAUGUUGAACCUCUUCAAACUGAAACACGAGAAAGAUUACUCGGCUCGCCCUAACUUGGUCCAAUACUACAUGCCUGUGAUCAACACAGAGUUUCAAGAACGCCUGGAGAAGCGCAAGGGAGAAAUUGCCACCAUGAUGAGAUCGACGGAGUUCAAUGAGGACAAGACUUCCUUGAUUGUGACUAACAACCCUCUUCCUUUGCUCUUUUCCGGUCAACGAGUCAUGACCCCGUUCCAUUUCUUCUCCAACGACCUUUUGGGAAAGGAGUGGAGCGCGGGGAAAAACCAGGCGCGGCCGGGAAAGGCCCCUCCGGGAGGGCUGCCUUGUUCCGCAGAGGCGGGGCACAGCUUCAGUGGGACCGGGCUGGCCGGGAGGCCGUGGGGGGGCUGCGGCGGGUCUCCCCCUCCGGCCCGCAGCAAGUUCUCGAUCAGGAAACUUUUGCCCAGGUUGCCGAACCCCGGGGCCGCGGGCAAGCUGAGUAGUGUGGCGGAGCUCCCGCCGGGCCAGCCCAGUGCGCUGGGCAGCAUAGCCGGGCCGGAGAGCCGUCUCCUCAGCCCACCUUUCCCUCCCCCGACGGCUCCGAGACGGGCUGAAGUGGGGGUCUUCUACAGUGGCGCACUUUCCGACUGGCCUCCCUGGACUUUGCCCCCGGUGAUUUCCCGCAGUGCCUCUGCGACGGCUCGGGGAAGCCAGUGGGUCCCUGUCUGGCGAUCCGGCUUUCCCAACGGCCUGGAAGUCCCUGUGAAGGAGAUCACCAUGUGUUGGGCUUCUUCCAGCUUUUUCCACUCUUCCCUGCAAUUCCUGGCCCAUCUGAUAGCAGUUUCUCCCCCUUUUGGGGAGCCCAAAAGCAGCCCAAAGAGUUUUCUUCUGUUUCAUUUACUGCUCUAA